AUGCCUCAAUACACCUCCCGCGAUGUUGGCGAUCCGUCGCAGAUCAAGAAAAACAAGCAGUCUAUGGCCGACCUCAAGCUACGACGAUUAACGGAACUGAACAACCGCCUGCGCGAAGACCUCGAGAGGGAACGUAUCCCCGUCAGCAAUGCCUCUAAGAGCAUCAUUGCCUACUGCAACAGCACGAGGGACUACAUGGUCCCGUCGGUUUGGGGUGCCGUCCCUCGCGGUGAAGAUCCCUAUGCACCACAACAGAGCGGCGGAUGCUGUGUGGUGAUGUAA